AAUAGUUACCAUUGAUGAAGGAGAAGGGUCUUAUUGUAUGGCUGAUUGUACUGGAUAUAAACAUGAACCAUCACUGUAUCUAAGAGUAUGCUGUAUCAUUAGUAACUUAGGACAGACUGUUACCAUCAGAGGAAUUGGUAAAACAAGAUAUAUUCUAUGUCCUAAAGUACAACCAAAGUCUUGUCCAAAAGGUACUGCACUAAUAGUAGAAGUGUUUAAUUCUUAUAUCAUAGAUGAUUGUAAGAGCUUGUUUGAGGAUGGUAUUACUACAAGUGGUGUUUAUACUGUUAAUCCUGAUGGAGGGACUCCAUUUGAAGUAUACUGUGAUAUGGACACUGAUGGUGGUGGAUGGACUGUAUUUCAGAGGAGACAAGAUGGAUCUGUUGAUUUCUAUAGAUACUGGACUAACUAUGAAAAUGGAUUUGGUGACCUUACUGGUGAGUUUUGGUUAGGAUUAAACAAGAUUCAUCGUCUUACUAAAGAAGGAUCAAACACACUAAGAGUGGACCUGGGAGACUUUGAGGGGAACACAAGUUAUGCCAACUACUCUACAUUUAAUGUUAGUGAUGGUAGUACUGAAUAUAUACUAACAGUAGGAGGAUACUCUGGUACUGCUGGGGAUAGUCUGGGCAGCUAUCAUAAUGGACAGAGAUUCAGUACAAGAGAUAAUGAUAAUGAUGAGUCAGGAGGUAACUGUGCUCAGACGUACACUGGUGCCUGGUGGUAUAGAAGCUGCCAUAAUUCAAAUCUUAAUGGUCGUUAUUUUAAUACUUCAACUGAUAAUAAUCAAGGAAUUGUUUGGUGGCAUUGGAAAAGGGCACACAUUAGUCUCAAGUUCUCAGAGAUGAAAACUCGUCGUAACAAUUAAAUACUGUCCCCCACACACAUAAGUGUGUUUACAUUGUGCUGAUAUAAUAUUAUGUCAUUUAAAUAUUACAGUCUGUCAUACCUUGUAGUGAUUAUUAUAAUCUUUUGCUAUUGUUAAUUACAAUAAAGGCACACCGUA